GGAAAUCAAAACAUCAACGUACCAUCUGCAAGUACCUCUGCGAGAGAGGGUCCAUAUCGACCUGAAGACGGUACAGCGUUCAAAAACUUGAGUAUUCAUACCCCACUCAAAAGGUCUCUCUCCAGACAGCGACCCUAUCGCUGUGAGAAGUGCGGCGCAGCGUUCACAUGCUCUAGUGAUCUCAUUAAACACAAACGGACUCACUCGGGGGAGCGACCGUUUCGCUGUGAGAGUUGCGCGCAGCGUUUCACUGUCCGACCGUUUCGCUGUGAGGAGUGCGGCGCAGCUUUUACUGUAUCUUGUAAUCUCACUGCCCACAAACGGACUCACUCGGGGGAGCGACCCUAUCGCUGUGAGGAGUGCGGCGCAGCGUUCACUCGGUCUAGUGAUCUCACUACACACAAACGGACUCACUCGGGGGAGCGACCCUAUCGCUGUGAGGAGUGCGGCGCAGCGUUCACAUGCUCUAGUGAUCUCAUUAAACACAAACGGACUCACUCGGGGGAGCGACCCUAUCGCUGUGAGGAGUGCGGCGAAGCGUUCACUACUUCUAGCAAUCUCACUAGACACAAGGGGCACCACUUGGGAAAUAAAUUAAUAUGUAAUGAUGUGAGCAAGAGUGGUAUCAAUGUACCUAAUGAAGUAAAACACAAACGGAUCCAUUUGGAAGAG